UCCGCCGUCCGGGGCUGGAGGCCCCGAGAGCCCGUGGGUGACCCGGGCAGGCCGUGUAGGGGCGGUGGGUGGGUGCUCCGAGCCGAGCGUCGCCCCUCAGGGCGGGCAGGGCAGCCGGGGCUCGGGGAAAACGCCUUCUGCAGAAACACAACGCUCAGCACAGCCACCCUCAGCAGACACGAGCACUUUAUUGUUUUAGUGUUGAACUUAAGCUGUUUAUUUAUUUGCUUUCUCUAGCUGGGUCUGCUGGUGUGGGUGCGAUGAUUGAACUUGUUUCUGCAGUGGCACCAGCGCUAAGGCUGUGGCUGAGCACGGUGGGGCAGGCAGGGGAUGGAGAAAAUUGUGUUUUGUUUGUGAAAGGAGAAAGAACAUUUGCCAGAAAAUAACCACGGUUUUCCUAAAAAAUGCAGGAUGCGAAACAACUUAAAUAGGAGCAGUUGUCCCCGAUGAGCCGAGACUUGUGAAACCAACACAUAUUCUCCAAAAUAAUGCAUUUAUUUGCAGUUACUGUUAUCUUUAAAGCCACAUUCUUUGCAAAUUCAAAGCAAAGGGAUGUGAAUGUAGGAAGAAAUUUAAUUUGUUAUUUAAGGAAUUACUGUAUUACUUUAUCCUUAUAAGGCAUUUGUCUCUGAGGUAAGCGUGGGAAUUUUUCUGUUUUACUAGAAAUAUGAACCUGCAAAUCUUUUUACCAUUUUUAUAUGUUUUAUACUAUAAAAAAAGCUGCUCUUAACAUGCCUGUAAGGGGCUGACUGCUAGAUAGCACGGAUGCAUCUUGCACCUAUAAAAGUAUGGUUUUUGUGGUAUAAAUAGCUCAGAGACUGGAACAAUCUAGAGCAGCAAAUGUGAAGAUGAGCUGCUGUGAAUUCUGUUAAAGGAGUUGGGUUUUUUUGUCAGGGUGGAUAUUUCGAUCCGUGUUUGUACCUCUCUUCAGCUCUGACAGAUUUAGCUGUGUCAGCAGCGUGCAUAGAGGUGGGCCUGACCUUGCAAUCGCCUGAAGAAGUGCCUGCCAGUUUCCUCAGACUUUUCUCUCGCAUCUGCUCCACCCUCCUUAGAACUGGAGAGUUCUUCCCUGCUGCUUCUUCCUCUUCGUGUUUUAAAUAUGAAGGCCGUGCUUUAUUUUUCCAUCUGGUUCUUGCAGUUAGGGGGCACCACUGACAGUUCUGACCUGUCUGGCUCCGUGUGGGAGGUGUUGAUUUUGGGAGAAUGAGCUCUAAGCUACUGCGAAAACUCCCUGUUUUUUAGAACUUUUUUGUUGUCGUGUUAAAUGUAGCUGCUGAUCUAGAUCACUCAUUUCUCCUGAUGGGUGCUGCAUAAUUCUGUAGAACCGCAGUCAGCUUCUGGGCUUUUUUUAUGCUGCUUAGGAGGCUCUAUGUGGGCUUGGUGCUAAGGAGUUGUCUCUGACCUCAAAUUCUUUGAUAGACAAUCUGUCAGCUUUGGAAAUUCCAGGAGAGCGGAGGAAAGAGGAUACAGUGCCAGUGCAUGGUGCCUUUUAAUGCAUGGGUUUGCCGCCGCCGCAGCAGCAACAGAUGCUGAGCUUACGGGCAACAAAUCAGCCAUCGCUGCUCAAUGCCAAUCCUAUGCUUCAGCGGGCCUUACUCAUGCAGCAGAUGCAAGGAAACCUGCGUGGAUUUAACAUGACAGCACCAGCACUGCAGCAGUUCUUCCCUCAGGCUACAAGACAUUCCCUCCUCGGACCACCACCUGUUGGGGUCUCCUUAAAGCCAGCUCGGCUGGGCUUCCCCGGCCUCCCAUUCCAGCGGCAGAACCGGACCUUUCGCAAGGACUUCCAGAGAGUUCCUGACAGGAAGCGGGAACUAGAUCCUGGUUCUUCAUCUCACACACAAGGUGAUGAGAAAAUGGAAAUUCCAGAGGGAAUGCAAGCAGGGUCAGAGCAGAACAAUUCCUCACCAUUCACAGAGCCAAGAACUCCAGCAGAGUCUGUGUUGAACACUGAGCCUGCAGCAAAAAGACUGAAGAGUGUGACUGGGGAGUCUGCGUUAGAGGAUGCCACAGACAGCAAGAAAGCAGAAGUCUCAUGCACCCAUGCCCAAGCUGAUGGUACAGACAAUGCAAGGGAGUACACAACUGAAGAUCUCUCCAGAGAGAAGAAAUUCUCUGAGGAACCGAAGGCUCCUGAGGUGUUGAGCUCUGGAGGUUCACUGAAAGUGACUAUUCAGCAGAGCAGUGAGAGCAGAGCUAUCAGUACAACAGCUCUGAAACCAGGGCACUGGGCCUGCGACAUGGGCACAGCUGAUCCCAACCCGGAAUCAGUCCUUAAAUUCUACUGUUACAUCUGCAAGACCAAUUGCUGCAGUCAGCAGAAUUUCCAAUCCCACAUGGCUGGAAUUCAGCACCAGCAGCGACUUGGGGAGAUUCAGCACAUGAGCAAUGUUUGUUUUGUUUCACUAUUGCCCAUGGUGAAACAGCAGAAAGUACUAGCAGGAAAAGAUGGAGAGACCCAGCGGCGGUGGUGUAACACGUGUCAGGUGCAUUUCACCGGGGACCUCAUCAAACAUCGCAGGACCCAGGAGCACAAGCUGGCCAAACGCUCACUUCGUCCUUUCUGCACUGUCUGCAGCCGCCAUUUCAAGACCCCUCGCAAGUUUGUGGAGCAUAUGAAGUCCCCUGAGCACAAACAGAAAGCCAAAGAGGUUAGGCUGGGAGAGAAGGAGUUGGGGAGCCCAGAAGAUUCAGAGGAGUUGAUCACUGUGGAUGCUGUUGGCUGUUUUGAAGAUGAUGAUGAGGAAGAGGAGGAGGAGGAGGGAGGAGCUGGUGAGGAGGAAGACCAUGAUGUAGUGCUGAUGGAGAAUGAGGAUUCUGCUGCCAAGCAGACUGGGCUGAAGGAAGUGUCUUUGGAGGAUUACGAAGGAAGUGAGAAGUAUUGUCCAGACACAGCCUAUGGCCUGGAUUUUCUGGUCCCCGUCGCAGGUUACCUCUGCAGGCUGUGUCACAAAUUCUACCAUAGCGACUCCGCUGCCCGGCUCGCACACUGCAAGUCCCUGAUGCAUUUUGAGAACUUUCAGAGAUACAAGGCAGCAAGGCAUCGUGCCACAACUGCCUACCCCGAGGCUCCUUUGCAUUCCCAGGGCUCCAGCUCCCAAUUGCUGGAUGAUCCAAAACAGCCUCUUGCUACAACAGCACAUACCAGCAAGAAGAUGAAUGAUGAUCCUGGGAUAGAUAAGGAGGGCACAGAGCUGUCAGCCCUGCAAGAACAAACUUCAAGGUCUCUGGAGGGUAAGGGUGAGCUGGCCACCUCUAGGCCAGAGGGCAAGAGCCUGGCCAGUGUGACUGAUGAUGUGUGUGGUAUCAUGGUUGUAGAAGAAAAUCUACAGGAACAGAACAAGUCCACUGCCACUAGUGCCGACUGCCUGUUCUCUGAGGAGAGCCACACCGUAGGGGAGUCACUGGGAUGUGAGGAAGAAGCCAACACAGCCAGGCAGAGGGCAGGCACAGGUGACCACCAGGAUCCAGGGAGUGGAGGCGGCUUAGGACAGCAGGAGGCAGCAGCAGAGCCUUCCUCCCUCGCCAAAGGUGAGACAGCCGGUCUCACCUCUGCUGGGUGCAGACGCUCUUCCAGGCGCAAACCCAGAUAGAGUGGCCUUAAAGGAGAGCCCUUUACAUAUGAUAUUUGCUGGAAAUGUUUAUUUUCUGAGUCUUUUAAUAGAGCAAAACCUUCAACUUUACCGCUGUUUUUAUUUUAAGAAUAAAUAAGCCUGGCUUUAGCGUGUCUAAUA